GGCGCUGGUUCAGUGCUCCAGCCACAGGGCCCGUGUGGUGCUGAGCUGGACCGACUACCUCAGAAGAGUCGCUCCCACAGAUUCCCUCCAGGGAGCUGUGGCCUUUAGCACAAGGCGUCACCCUUCGGCAUGUGCACUGAGCCCACAGUAUGUGCUGAGUCCUGGAGAUGAAGUGCUGAGCAGGCGGGGUCCCUCCCGUUGAAGAGCUGUGACUGGGCCCUGCAGGGCACUGCAGAGCACAGAGAAGGAACCAAACCAAGGCCGGGUGUGGCUGGUCGGGGAAAAUUCCCUAGGUCAAGUGUUGAGUAGGCUGAGACCUAACAGAUGAGUGGGACUACCCAGUCCUGGGAGGGGUCACUCGUGGGCCCGAGAGAGUUUUGUGCAGUUUGUGGAGGUCUGAAAGGGAACUGAAAGUGUCUCAAGAUGCUGAGAACUCAGCAGUGGUGAGAAGAAGUAGGAGAAGUGAGAAACGAGAGUGUUGGCAGGGGCCAGAUCCCUGCUGAGGAGUUUGUGUCUCAUCCUGAGGGAGAAGGGUUUUCACUAGGGGGUUGACAGGGUCAGAUUAAUACCCCUCAUCUGGGGGAUGUUCAGAACAUUUAACAAAAUGGGAACAACACAAGCCCCGGCCAAUCAGAACAGACUCCUAAUGCUGGAAUGCCAUCCUGCCCCCCAUUUGGGGGGAGCCAGGUGUUAACCUCUUAGUUGCUGGGUGGAAAGGCCUGAGAGCCCUAGAGAGGGAGCUGUGAGGUACAGGGCAAAGUAGGGUGAGAGGGGCAUUUCUGUGCCUUGGGGACGUGUUUUAAUAACCGGCACCCCCAUGCCGGCCCACCCCGGCUGAGUGUCAACUGUGCCCAUACCAUCGGUGGGUGCCCCUUAAUUCCACAGCACUGGCAACGGCACUUGACGUGGGCCUGUCCAACUGGAGCUUCCUGUACAUCACCGUCUCGCUGUACACAAUGACCAAAUCCUCCGCCGUCCUCUUCAUCUUGAUCUUCUCUCUGAUCUUCAAGCUGGAGGAGCUGCGCGCGGCACUGGUCCUGGUGGUCCUCCUCAUCGCCGGGGGUCUCUUCAUGUUCACCUACAAGUCCACACAGUUCAACAUGGAGGGCUUCGCCUUGGUGCUGGGGGCCUCGUUCAUCGGUGGCAUCCGUUGGACCCUCACCCAGAUGCUUCUGCAGAAGGCUGAACUUGGCCUCCAGAACCCCAUCGACACCAUGUUCCACCUGCAGCCACUCAUGUUUCUGGGGCUCUUCCCUCUCUUUGCCAUAUUUGAAGGUCUCCAUUUGUCCACAUCUGAGAAAAUCUUCCGUUUCCAGGACACAGGGCUGCUCCUGCGGGUACUCGGGAGCCUCUUUCUUGGUGGGAUUCUCGCCUUUGGUUUGGGCUUCUCUGAGUUCCUCCUGGUCUCCAGAACCUCCAGCCUCACGCUCUCCAUUGCUGGCAUUUUUAAGGAAGUCUGCACUUUGCUGUUGGCAGCUCAUCUGCUGGGUGACCAGAUCAGCCUCCUGAACUGGCUGGGCUUCGCCCUCUGCCUCUCGGGAAUAUCUCUGCACGUUGCUCUCAAAGCCCUGCACUCCAGAGGUGACAGCAGCCCUAAACCCUUGAAGGGGCUGGGCUCCAGCCCUGACCUGGAGCUGCUGCUCCGGAACAGCCAGCAAGAAGAAGAUGACAAUGAAGAGGAAUACUUUGUGGCCCAGGGGCAGCAGUGACAGUCCAGGGAGCAGUUUGGAAGCAGGCUGCCUCCUAGUCCGUGCUGCUGCUGACACUUGACAGUGUCUCAGGGGCCUGGGUGGCUCCUCUCAGCAGCUGGGGAGCAGUAGGUCAGUACUCACCCAGGCGUGACCAUGUGGUAGGGCUAGGUCAGGGACUCAUGGCUCCCACCUUUAAUUGCUUGGGAGUGUGGUUAAGCAGAGGGGCGAGCACAGGCCAGCCUGGGACCUGGCUGGAGCUGGGCUCCAGCUGUGCUGGAAGGAGUGGCUGGUUCCGCUCCACUGUUGGCCAGGCUCUGGUAGCCAAGACUAAUUUCAGAGGCAUAGCAGCUUGCUAAGGGCAAUGAGUUUGGACUGCAGAGCAAUUGGGAAGGGGACAUGGAGAGGCUGGGGCCUCAUCACCUGGACAGCGCCAUUUUUCAGAGAACAGAUUUAUUUAUAGUUUGGAAAUAAAUGGUUUACGGUCCACUGGCCACCCCGUGUUGCCUGGAGGUAUGGGGGCAGGAAGGGGGCGGUGUGUCCUGGCCUCUGCCUUUCUUUCCCUGCCUGGGUCUGUCUUCAAAUGACUGGUCAUAAGCCAGGCCUGCUGUGUCUCUUAUGUUCCUGUUUGAGCUCUGCUGCUGCCCUCUCUUUGGGGCCCCACGACACCUGCAGGCAGGAAAUAAAUGAAUA